CCUGGCGGCCUGGAGGGUCGCGGCGCCUGCGCAGUGGCUCUCUUCAAGCGGCAGCCAUGGCGGGCCAAGAGGAUCCGGUGCAGCGGGAGAUUCACCAGGACUGGGCGAACCGGGAAUACAUUGAGGUCAUCACCAGCAGCAUCAAGAAGAUCGCGGACUUUCUCAACUCAUUCGAUAUGUCUUGUCGUUCAAGACUUGCAACACUAAACGAGAAAUUGACAGCCCUCGAGCGGAGAAUAGAGUACAUUGAAGCACGGGUGACAAAAGGUGAGACCCUCACCUAGAACUAUGCCAUGCUGCUGCUGGGAAGUUGCUUUAUGGAACACAGGCGACGUGGGAAAGGCCCCAGCAGCCUCAGCUCCUUCCUCUCUUCUUAAAGAGCAACAGGGCUUAUUCUUGUUUUUCUUUUUUCAAAAGUGUGGCCUUUGGGCUCUGCCAUGUACAUCGACGUGUGAUGUGGCAUGUGGGAAGAAGUCCAGGGGAACUCUUGGAACCAACAUUAGGCAUUUUACCUUUUAAGUAACGUUUUGUAGAACUGUUCAUCAGUGUAUUUGAAGCGCUCAGAGCCAGAUGCCUGGGACUCUUUGUUAAGGUCCUCUCCAUCUCUCUCUCUCACACUUUCCAUACAGGUCUCAUUGCCUCUGCAUUGCUUCUAUAAACAGUCUUUGUCUCCUUUCCACCUUUGGCGCGGGGGGUGGGAGGCAGUCCUGGCUGAGACACUUACGCCCCGGCAAGGUGGCCAUCAGAGAAUGUCGUUGCUAACCUACCAGUUUCUUGUCCUUUGGGGGAGGUCAAGGCCAGGCCUCCACUUGGCUUGAAGGGUCAUUUUCAGAAUUUUCUUUCUGUCACUUGGGGUAUCUUUGCCUCUCAUAUUUCCCUAAUAAACUCCUCAACUUUAUCUGAGUGCUGUGAUUAUGGUGGGGAGAGGAGCUAGAGAUGGGGCUCACCCAUUCCACAGAAAUCUGAUGUGUGGGAUGAGUAUUCUAACAUAAAACUUUCAGAUGUAUCUCUUUGAUCAAAGCCCAGAUCAAGCUUACCAGCUGGAGCCCUCCCCCCCACAUUAGCACUUUGAGCUGACUAAUAAUUCAUCUUGGGAAUCAUCUGGUCAUUCAGCAGAUGUUUAUCAGGUGCUUACUAUAUAGGCUCUAAUAAAAGAUAGGCAUUGAGUUAGGUGCGAAGCUUCCAGUCUAUUGAAAUACCAGCAUCCACACAAUUUAACUGCAACCUAGGGCAGCCUGUGAGUUUUAUCUGGUAAAAGCUAAAUGUUUAUUUCUUUUGAAAAAGCAAAUAGUUUAAACAGAAGAGUCUAAAACUUUUCACUCUAGCAUCUAAAGCUUGCUAUAAACUUAUGCCACCCUACUUUUAAAGGUUUAUUUCUUAUAUAGAAUCUCCAUUUUAGUCAUGUAGAAGUAGUCAUACUCCAUGCACACAAAUUUCCCCUGUUCAAGUCAUAUUUGCUGUUCUAAGGCUAACUCAAGUCAAACCUCUUCCAGAAAGAUCUCCUGGACUCGACUCUUUCAUUCAGUACUGCCCUUUCCCUUUUCUGAGUCCCUCCCGUCCCACCCUGUCAUGCUGACACUGCACUUGAACUCUGAAUGUUCCCUGAUGUAGUGCCUGGUACUACAUGGGAUAGCCAACAUGUGCCCCUUGCCCUGUACUGUCCUGCUGGGUGCCUUGCUGAAGGCAGGUGGUCAGUAAACUGACUUGGAGAGACCAAGCUUCUUCAUAUUGUCACAUCUCUUUAGAACCUCUGCUGAGGCCUUUGGAAGACCAUUUUUAAGUAGUACCUUUGUUUAAAAGUAGGAUUUUAUGGUGGAGACAAACCCAAUAUCCUUUCCUUUGGGAUAUGUUGCUUUGGAACAUUAUCAAACUCAUCAGUAGAAUGCUUUUAACAGUCACUUGAGUUCCUUAUUUAUAAUAGCUCAGGAUGAAGUAAGUGCUUCUAAAGUGCAAGUUUUAGGUCGUCUGGGGCUCCAUCUGUCAAUUUAGCAGACAUUUGUUGAGUUCCUGCUACAUGCAAGGACUACACCAUGAGAUUGUGAUAGGGGCAAAAGUGAUGGUAACCAAUAUAGGCAGGAAAAAGCCUUCCUUUAAUGAAAUCACUUGUGAAAAUGUUCAAUAAAUUCCGUGUGGUUGCAUAGA